AUGUUAUCACGAAGCAUCCUGCGAAGCUCCUUUCGAGCUCUGCCACGAAUAUUACCACGUCCUCUCCCUCGAACUCCCUUCCCCCGCGUGUUCCAGCAACCCACACCUCUGAACACCUUUCGAUUCGCGUCCGGCAGAGGCCCCAGACCCCCCCGAAUCAAGCAUAUCAGAUACAAUCCUGAGGAAGUCGAACGCGCAAGGCCUCUCAUAUCCGAGGAGCAAAUACGCAACGGCUUCCGGCAUCCGGGAACAACAUUGAUAGCCGUCGUACUUUUUAGUGGAGGAGUUUACUUCUAUGUUUCGAACUUGGAGACGGUGCCUGUUUCUGGGAGGAGGAGGUUCAACUGUUAUAGUGAGGAGAGGGUGAAGGAGGAGGGGAAAAUGAUGUAUAGGAUGAUUAUGCAACAGGAUAAGGAUGCAAUACUGCCAGCUUGGGAUCCGAGGACGAGAAUGGUAGAGAGGGUUAUGACGAAACUGAUUCCUGCGAGUGGGCUGGAGCAUGUCGAUUGGGAGGUUCAUGUCAUACAAUCUGACGAAGCCAAUGCGUUUGUUAUCCCGGGCGGAAAAGUCUUCGUCUAUAGCGGUAUCCUUCCCAUUGCCAAAAACGAUGACGGCCUAGCUGCAAUCCUUGGCCACGAAAUAUCACACAAUCUCGCCCAGCAUGCAGCGGAGAACAUGAGCCGUUACGUGUUAUUAGAGCCCGUCCGCUGGGUCUUCAUAUUCCUCGACUAUGCAGGCUACACGGGUGGCAUAGGAAGGUUCAUUGGAGAUAUUCUAAUGGAUUUGGGGAUGAUGAGACCGGCAUCAAGGAGACAGGAGAGCGAAGCCGAUUAUAUUGGGUUGCUGAUGAUGGCGAAGAGCUGUUAUGAUCCGAAUGAAGCAGUGAAAGUUUGGGAGAGAAUGGAGAAAUUUCAGAGAGCAGCGGGAAAUUCUAUUCCGCAGUGGUUGUCUACUCAUCCUUCGGACUCGACCAGGAUUGAUGCAAUGACAAAAUGGCUGCCCAGUGCCGAAGAGGCAAGGAGUGAGAGCGAGUGUGGAGUCACAUUAGGAUAUUCGAAAGAGUUCCAAGCAGCUACAGGAGGCCCUGAUAUCUGGAGUUCCCUUUUCAGGUAACCAGGCGGGUAUGAAUCAUGAGUGAGCAUGUUCUAUACGGAGUUCGGAGCUUGGAGUUGUCGUGGGUAAAGAUUUCCUAUGAGUAGACUUAAUCUUGGACACUUCUCAAUCUAUAGAAAAGCGCUAGUGCGCUGUUUACCCCUCCAAUGGUCUCUUACAAGCUAUUUCACGUGAGCACAGUUUUGCUCGAGACACGGAUGUUCUAGCCUAUUUAAGGCGCACUGGCUUCUUUGUACAACUUGAAGAUCAUUGCUGUGACGAAACGAGGAUGGUGAACAAUGCCCUGACUACUUCGCUGCGGACGAUACCAAUAGACAUGUAUUUGGGCUAGCAUCUAGGUCUAUGAACGUCAGUUCCCUUCCUUGUCAAUGGUAGUUGAAACGAUGAAUUCAAAGCCCUCACUUCAUAUCCUCAAUCCACUAAAUAUCC